UGCUCGCGUUGUGCCAGCUGUCCUCGCGCACUCGGCCAGUGCUGGGCAUCGGAGACAGGCUCCUGCUGAGUAGGAUCACGGAAUCUGCGAACCGGGACUAUGGCUGCUAACAUGGGGUCCAUGCGUAUCCUCAUCAAGGGGGGAAAGGUGGUCAAUGAUGACUUCACCCAGGAAGCAGAUGUCUACAUCGAGAACGGCAUCAUACAGCAGGUUGGAAAGGAGCUGAUGAUACCAGGCGGAGCUAAGGUGAUAGAUGCCUCUGGAAAGCUGGUGUUACCGGGCGGAAUUGACACCAGUGUCCAUCUGCAGGAGACCUUCAUGAACGCCACCAUCCAGGACGACUUCUACAGUGGGACCAAGGCGGCUCUGAUGGGUGGUACCACCAUGGUGAUGGCUCUGGUUCUGCCUGAACAACACUGCUCCCUGCUGGACGCCUACGAGAAGUGCAGGGCUCUGGCCGAUGCCAAGGCGUGCUGCGACUACGCUCUGCACGUCGGGCUGACCUGGUGGGGACCAAAGGUGCGUAAUGAGAUGGAGACCCUGGUGAGGGAACAUGGAGUGAACUCCUUCCAGAUGUUCAUGGCCUACAAAGACAUGAUGAUGCUGCGGGAUUCAGAGCUCUACCAGACUCUGCAGACCUGUAAGGACAUUGGUGCCAUUGCCCGAGUCCACGCUGAAAACGGAGAGCUGGUGGCCGAGGGUGCCAAAGAGGCUCUGGAUUUGGGCAUCAGUGGGCCGGAGGGAAUAGAGAUCAGUCGACCAGAGGAGCUGGAGUCUGAGGCCACUCACAGAGCCAUCACCAUCGCCAACAGGGCUCGCUGCCCAAUCUACCUGGUAAAUGUGUCCAGUAUGUCUGCUGGUGAUAUGAUCGCUGCUGCUAAGAUGCAGGGUAAGGUGGUCCACGGGGAGACUACAGUUGCUCACGCAGUGUUGAAUGGGAUGCAGUAUUACCACCAGGAUUGGGCUCAUGCCGCCGCCCAUGUCAUCGUCCCUCCGCUCCGCCUCGACCCAAACACACCCAGCUACCUCAUGGGCCUGCUGGGCAAUGACAAUCUGAGCGUGGUGGCAUCAGAGCACCGUCCGUUCAGCACCAAGCAGAGAGCUUUGGGCAAAGAGGACUUCACCAAGAUCCCUCAUGGAGUGCCUGGAGUCCAGGACAGGAUGAGCGUCAUUUGGGAGAGAGGAGUGGUUACAGGGAAAAUGGAUGAGAAUCGUUUUGUGGCGGUGACGAGCUCCAACGCUGCAAAGAUCUACAACCUGUACCCGCGCAAAGGCCGCAUCAUCCCCGGGGCUGACGCUGACGUGGUGGUCUGGGAUCCAGAUGCAACAAGGACAAUCUCUGUGAGCACUCAGGUGCAGGGCGGAGACUUCAACCUGUACGAAGGGAUGCGUUGCCACGGCGUCCCUCUGGUCACCAUCAGCCGGGGGCGUUUGGUGUGUGAGAACGGCGUGUUCAUGUGCGCCGAGGGGUCCGGAAAGUUCUACCCGCAGCGCACUUUCCCCGACUACCUCUACAAGAAGAUGGUGCAGAGGGAAAAGACUCAGGCUUACAAAGGGGUGGACAGGGAUCCGUACUCUGGUGAUGUGGCCAAGGUUGCGAACACCAUGAAGAAGGAACUCGGUUUGGGCCCCAUAGAUGGAGAGACGCCCAAUAAAGCCUGCGGUCGAGUGCACUCCGGAAUCCGAGACCUUCACGAGUCCUCUUUCAGCCUCUCAGGGUCUCAGGUCGACGACCACAUCCCGAAGAGGUCCUCGGCUCGGAUCCUGGCCCCUCCCGGCGGCCGCUCCAGUGGUAUCUGGUAACCGCUGGUGUUGGAGCUUCAUCCGUCCGAGCCGCCGUUUUUUUGUACAUUUCUGAACAACCAGAAAAACUGCACUGAUUUUCAAUCACAGGAUAAAAAGUAAAGAUGGCAAAAAAAUUUCAAGCACGCGUCUGUGAUUGGUGACGAAACGCCGAUGAUCAGAGAUUCUAAUCUGUGUCUUAAUUGGAGCGACUGCUCUGAUCGAAGGGCUGUCUCUGGAUUUAAAUUGUUCUGCCAAAAUCGAGCUGAUCAUACUAACUCUGAUAAAGUCCGCUCAUUAUCACCCUGCCUGUAUCGUAAACUGUGAAAUGUCAAAACCAGUACAGUUUUUGAUGGUUAGAACUGAAGUGAUGUCGACCGAAUUAUUUAAAACUGUAUCUAUUACACCCCCGUCUCUCACACACACACACACA